AUGUGCCAAGUCCAACGCGUCCUCAACACCUGCGGUCACAGAAACGACCACGUCCUCUUAUCCUGCCAUCUCGCUCGUCUCGUCCUACCCCAGCCCGAACCCAUCAGCCACCGACAACCCGCAACUGCAACAACCCAGCAAAGCCUGGGGACAGCGCAGCAACAGCAGCAGCAGCAGCAGCAGCAGCAGCCGACAUUCAUCCUAUCCGUCACGAAUGUCGAGAUCGCUAUUGCCAAGACGGGGUUCCAGGCUUGCAGCCAGCCGUACUGUAUCUUUGCGAGGGUUAGGGAGCUUGCGUCGCCGGUGGGGUUUAAGUGUAUGGUGGAGGGGUGUGGGAGGGCGGAUUGA